UUGUUGCGAGGAGACACCGGAAAUCCUCCCUAGAAACCAACGGUGACGAUGACCUUUUGAGCUCGACCAAUUUCCCAAAUUGAAGAAUUAGGGUUUUUUUUUCCGUCCGUUUUCAUUUUCGAAUUGAACCAGUAAAAAUGGACAGGCACGGCGGAGACUACGACGGCGACCACUACCACCGCCCCCGCCACUACCCCUCCGACGACUUCCACUACCCCAACCACCACCACCACCACCACCACAGCCACCACAGCCACCACCACCACCACCACCACCAGCAGUUCUACGACGACUAUCCCGACCGCCCUCCCCACCCCUACGAUGGCCACGACCCCGAGUUCGAUCCCCACUACAGCCAGCCGCCGCCUCAGCACCAUCACAUGCCCGGCGACUUCGACGGCCCCUUCUACGGCGGCGGAGGCGGCGGCGGAGGCGGCGGGUUUCAUCCUUCCGACAACGGCGGCGGCGGCGGCUACUCCGCGCCUUUCGGCGGCCGCAAGAGAGGACGCGCUGAUGCUAUGGGUUUGGCCAAGCUUUACGUCGCAGAAGUACCGAGAACGGCUGUUCAAGAAGAUAUCCGACCCCUGUUUGAGCAAUAUGGGCAUGUUGUUGAGGUUGUUUUGCUCUGGGAUAAGAGGACUGGCCAACAGCAAGGAAGCUGCUUCGUGAAAUAUGCUACAUUGGAGGAAGCCGACAGGGCUAUUAUAGCCUUAAAUAACAGUUACACUUUCCCUGGGGAAGGGACUGCCGUUAAAGUUAGAUAUGCAGAUGGGGAGCGAGAACGCCUUGGACCUCAAUCGUUGCCUCCUAUUAAAGUCAGACAUGCAGAUGGGGAGCGAGAACGCCUUGGGCCUGUCGUGGAUAAGUUAUAUGUUGGAGGUCUGAACAAACAAGCUUCAAAAGUAGAAAUUGAAGAAAUAUUUUCCCCUUAUGGCGUCGUUGAAGAGGUCUACAUAGUACGUGAUGAACUGAAGCAUAGUCGUGGUUGUGCAUUUGUUAAGUACUCCCAUAGGGACAUGGCACUGGCUGCAAUUAAAGCACUGAGUGGGAAUUUUACUAUGAGAGGUUGUGACCUGCCAUUAAUUGUUCGUUUUGCGGAUCCUAAGAAACCUCGGAGUGGAGAACCAAGGCCCACACGGAACUUUGGUGAGCCAAUUGGAGGAUCUGUAGCUCCUAGCACACCAAUUACCAAGCAGCAGAUUUCCACACAUUCACAGCCGGUAGCUGUUUCUCAGAUUGCAGACCGAAGUGCUGCAGAUGGCGGCAUGACGCAAAAUCCUUUUCCUUUGGUGCAGCCGGCAUCUUUAGAGGUAUCUCGGAAGUAUGUGCAGACAGCACAAACUCCAGAGGUUACUGGAUCAUCACAACCUUCUGCCCCCCAGGCACAGAAGCAACCACAUGUGCUCCCGCAAUCAACUCAAACUUCCGAGCAGCGGCAUAGUUCUCAAAGUACCAGGCAGGAGUCUCCUCGGUCUAGAGACAAUCCUCAGGCAGUUCCUAGCACUUCUGGUUUGUCUCCUUCAUUUAUUGAGAUGGAAGAUUUAGAGUGUGAUUGGAGUCAACAUGUCUGCCCUGAUGGAAACAAGUAUUACUAUAAUUGUGUUUCAUUGGAAAGCACAUGGGAUAAGCCGGAUGAGUUUGCAAGAUAUGAACAAGAAUUGGAGAAGAGGCGAAAGCAGCAAAGUGAUGGCAAAGAUUUUACUCCCAUCGCACCAGAUUGUUCUACCCAACAAAUUGCUCAAGGACAAUCCCCAUCGCUUCAGAAUACUCUCCUCUCUCAGGAACUGAAACAUCAUGUAUCUGCCCUGGAAAAGGUACAUUAGGAUGGAGCUCCAAUCUAUGAUCCAACAUGCAUAUAACAGAUGGAAGAUAAUGGGCAAACAGAUGGGGGAUUGGUUGGAAACUGAAGCUAAAGGGUGCAGUAGUCACAUCUGAUAUGUGAUAUCACUCCACUAGAUGAAGAGGCCUUCAGUCUAAUGAGGGAUACUUUCGGUUCCUUGGUAUGAGAGCGUGGGAUAGCUAGCUAGACGUUGGUAAAGUCGGUUGAGUACAAUAGUGUUGUAGAUUCUUCUUGUCUUUUAUUUUCUGCCUCCUUUUGGUUUCUGAUCUCUGUUAUGUGUUUCUCUUCGGAAUCUUGCACAAAAUUUCGAUUAGUCAGUGCUGCGCAAGUUCAGAUUGGAGAUAAUGCUGCUAUGACAUGAUCAUUUGCAAUGUUAUGACGAGGUUAAUUGCAAUUAUUUUAGGCUGUCUAUGCAAGACUGGGAUUAUGUGAUGCGUA